ACAUGGAGGUUCGUUGAUAGCCCGAAGAAGCUUUAGAAAUUAACUGACCAUUUUCCCGUGCUGUAGACAUGAGCUACUUUUCUGCCAAUAUGCGGCGAUGCGGUGGGCGAUUAAGCGAGAUUCAAACGAGUUCAGAUUCAGUGGCACAAUGGCUUUUCAGGCUGCUCCCAUCAAUUCACCUGGCCGAAAGGCUUACCUCGCGCAUAGGCAAGCCUGCAGCAGCAAGCGUAUAGCUCAGCCUUUCCGCCUGAUGCAGUGAAUUAUGACUCGAGAACAAUGGAUAAACGCGAAGUUCCUUCCUGUCCCGCGGCGUCUUUCGACACGGUAGCAUUCAACGUGCUGUCGACGGAAGGGCGGAAUUUGAUUUCAUCGCCAUGAACUUUUUGGCUGCGCAGGAUAUAUAAGACUUUGGUAUCCCCCCUCAUAACUCAUUCGAAAGCAUCUCUGUUCUCUGACCAUUCGUCACUGCUCUUAACUUACCACUCUCGCGCUUUAUUCCCUUUUCUUCGCUUCGACCUUUCCAUCUCUCGUCCGGUUAUCGGACGUGGCGUAACUCUGGCCGACAGCUUUUCUGACCCCUCGAUCGCUCAGAACACCCUUAUGCAGACCACCAACGAUUCUCGUCGUGUUGACCGCCAGAAACGUUGGGGUGUGAUUAUCGGUGAUCAUGAGACACCCUUGACCAGCCUGGAUUUAGGUCUGUAUUCAGUGGAUGUCGACGAGGAAGUCAGAGCAUUCUUCUCUUCCGAUGUCGAGAGUGGACCACGCCCUACUCCUGCCCAAGGGCAGGUUGUCGAGCCCAGUGCUCCACUAGCUCGUAAGAGCCUGACAAGGAAGCCUUUACCACCUUUGCCAGUUGAGGAGUGUUUGAACACCUCUCUUUUGCCAACGACCACAGCGGUUUCCCAAGUACAUUCGCCGCAUGCUAUUCUUCGCACGCCUCGUCACUCAUCGGAGGGCGACACUGUUCAACGCGUCGGUAGCCCAGACACGCUGUUGUGUACUCCAGAAUCCGAGACCCUCACCCUCGUGGAUGAUGAGGCGCAAUGGCUCAUGAUCGAUGCUGAUUUCAAAUCGGACACCAAUGGUCGCACUGAUGAUAUUAUUGAAAUGAGAAAGAGUAUUGCUCGAUGGGAAGCUUGUUGUGUGAUGAGAGAGAUCGGACGCACGCGAAACCUCGAUUGCCCUCGAGAUGGAUGCCACCACGUGCUCGCUGAUUAUCGUUCGCUCACGGCGCAUCUUGUGAUGCACGACAUGGACGAAGAUGACGGCUAUCACAAGGAACGCGUUAUCUUCAAGUGCUUGACAAGCGGUUGCAACCGUGUUUUUCUUCACAAGGACGAAAUGCUUGAGCACAAGGAACAUUGUGGCUGGGCGGUACGAUCGGUUGCACACAAACCCACAUCCCACAUAUUUGUAUCUGGCGUGAAGCGUAGUUUCUCUCAAUUCAAGCAAUCCCUCCUGUCUCGCAAGAAGUGACAUCGAAGAAAAAUAUUCAAUGACAGAUAUCAAUCGGACUUAGUACACACUCAUUUUAUGAUAUUCCUCCUUCAAUUCCGUUUCACUCACAAUGUAGCAACUAGUCGUCCCAGCCUCUCCUUUUCCUCUCUUUCAUUUCGCUGCGUCCUGAUGUUCGUGCAUCUCGCCUUCGCCUUAUUCUUAUUCAAUACUUGACUUCUGUUGUAUAUACAACGACUGUGAUUCAUGAAAUGUACUGUAAUUUAUUCACUAGGGCCGCUAUCAAUAUGAUAAAGAUAACCUGUCAUUGGUAACAUUUUGCGCGGAA